GUGAAAGUGUGUUUGAGCUGUUGUGUGUUUGUGUCUCUGUAUUCACUCUGUAAAAUGGCAGAAGCCAGAAUUUCGGUGGAUGAAUUCACGUGUCCAGUGUGUCUGGAUCUCCUGAAGGAUCCAGUGACCAUCCAGUGUGGACACAGUUACUGUAAGAUCUGUAUUACACACUGCUGGGAUCAGGAGGAUCAGAUGAGAGUCUACAGCUGCCCUCAGUGCAGACAGACCUUCAGAACAAGACCUGAUUUAGGAAAAAACACCAUUCUGGCUGAAGUGGUGGAGAAACUGAAGAAGACCAAACUUUCUGCUGACUGUUACGCUGGAGCUGGAGAUGUGCAGUGUGACGUCUGUACUGGAACAAAAUACAAAGCCGUCAAGUCCUGUCUGGUGUGUCUGAACUCUUACUGUCAGAAUCACCUUGAACAACAUGAGAGUUUCUUUAAAGGAAAGAAACACAAUGUGACUGAUGCCACUGGACGACUGCAGGAGAUGAUCUGCCAGACACAUGAGAAGAUCCUUGAGGUUUUCUGUCGCACUGAUCAGAAAUGUAUAUGUGUGCUGUGUAUGGAUGAACAUAAAAACCAGGACACUGUAUCAGCUGCAGCACAGAGGACAGAAAAACAGAAGCAGCUGAAGGAGACGCAGAAGACGUUCCAGCAGAGAAUCCAGCAGAGAGAGAAAGAUCUUCAGCAGCUGAGAGAGGCUGUGGAGUCUCAUAAGCGCUCUGCACAGACAGCAGUGGAGGACAGUGAGAGGAUCUUUACUGAGCUCAUCCGCUCCAUUGAGAGAAGCCGCUCUGAGCUGAUACAGAUGAUCAGAGAUCAGGAAAAGCGAGCGGUGAGUCGAGCUGAAGGACGACUGGAGCGACUGGAGCAGGAGAUCAAUGAUCUGAGGAGGAGAGACGCUGAGCUGGAGCAGCUUUCACACACACAGGAUCACAUCCAGUUCCUGCAGAGUUUCCAGUCUCUCUCAGCACCUCCUGAAUCUACAGACAGAAAUGACGAUCUCUUGAGUUCUCUCUUCUCUUUUGAUGGUCUGAGAGAAUCUGUCCAUCAGCUGAAAGACAAACUGGAGGAUUUCUGCAAAGAGGAGCUCAAGAAGAUCUCAGACAGAGUCACAUUCACCAACAUUGUUCUCUGGACCAGGAACGACUUCCUACAAUAUUCCCAUCAGCUCACUCUGGAUCUGAACACAGUGAAUAAACACCUCCAUCUGUCUGAGAACAACAGAGUGAUUACAUUCACUGGCACAGUCCAGUCGUAUCCUGAUCAUCCAGACAGAUUUGAUGUGCGUCAGCAGGUGUUGUGUAGAGAGAGUGUGUGUGGACGCUGUUACUGGGAGCUGGAGUGUAGUACUGGUCAAAAUAGUAGUCUGUCUAUAUCAGUGUCAUACAAGAGCAUCAGCAGGAAGGGAUGGGGUAAUGAGUGUUUGUUUGGAUUCAGUGAUCAGUCCUGGAGUUUGAUCUGUUUUCCCUCCAGAUACUCAUUCAGACACAAUGACAUAGAGACUGUUCUCCCUGUAAAGCCCAUCUGCAGUAGAAUAGGAGUGUUUGUGGAUCACAGUGCAGGAACUCUGUCCUUCUACAGCGUCUCUGACACAAUGAGCCUCAUCCACACAGUCCAGACCACAUUCACUCAGCCGCUCUAUCCUGGGUUUUGUGUAAUUAGAGGAUCAUCAGUGAAACUGUGCUGAUGAAUCAGAAUAGACUGUAGAGUAUCUGAGUGUGUGGUGCACACGGGUGCUCAUAUGAUAUUGCACAAUGUCUUCAGAAUUACCUGAACACUACAGACAGGAGCGCUGGAGCAGAUGGGAGUGAAACUCUCCAGGACUGUGUGAUGCUCAUCUGCUGUAUUUGCUGUCUGAUUGAGGCUGGUUCAGUGGUCUUUUGGCAUCUCCAUGUGGUCCUGUUUGGUAUCACACCUUGACCUGUAGUGAAUUCAAUUCUAAAUUAUGAACAAAUGUUACAAUUAUAUUUUC